UCCCACGCUAUCUUUCGCAUCGUAAAAACCUUGAUCCCCGCCCAUCAUUAAUUGCAACUCUUUUGUCAACCAAUCGAUCAAUGACUCAAGGUAUUCUUUAAUAACCAACCAACCUGGUCACAAACACUUAUCGCAUGCCCGUGAUCAAUAACAUCAAAUCUUUAUCGCUCUUCAUGACAUAAUAACCAUUCUCUUCUUUCACUGUAUUGCAAGGUGGCCUUGGCGUAGCCCAAUCUGGAGAUGAUCGUGCCAGCGUUUUUAUCAGAUAUGAAGGCGCUGUCAAUUAUUGGUGAACAAAAGCUAACCCAAACUUUCCGAGCCUCUUACUCGCCUCAUGCUUUUAUUUUAUAAAUUGCAUCACGCUGAAAAAUCUGAGGGGGGGCUCUGCCCCGAUGCAGUUACGCUUCUCCCACCUGUACUUGACAUACAGUACUGGAAAAAAUAUUUACGUCCUAAGCAACUUAAUGUCUGGCCAUUUAAACACACCAACCUAUGUUUCAAUGUUGCAAGGGUGUCGUUUUUAUUUUUUCAUGAUGCACACACACACACACAUACACACACAUGCACAUAAAUAAUUACCUUCAUUCCAAGUUGACAUCUCAGUAAGGUCAUUCGCACAAUUUACUGUGCGUGUUUACAUUCCAGCUCAAAUUCACUGAAACUCACGAAAAGCAUCCGCCCACACACGCCGCCAAAAACUCUCAAGACAAUUUUAUUCUCGAAUGCAACCAAUCCUGAUUCAACAUGUUUUGGUAAUUUUAGAAAUUAUUAUUAAAAUAUUGUAUGGGAUUUGCUGUAUGGAUACAAUGGAGUCCCACAAGGCUCUUUCCUCAGCUCUUUUUAUUUUUGACAACAGUUUCACUGACUCGCACGAAACCGGAUGGCAGUUUGGAUCAUUGCGGGUUACGCCAAAAAGUCUCAAUACCCCAUGCCUGAAAUUUCGGACGAAGUCAGACAUUUUGGUUUGAAGCAGACAUUUUGGGUGAAUUCUCCUACUUGGGGAUUCGGCAAAAUCAGAAUGACACUUAAUUGAUUAGAUUUUUUUUUUGUUAGUUUUUUUUUUUACUCACACCAUCCAGCAUCAGUUUGAAAAUCAUUUUGAUGAUUUCAGAUUUUGCGGUUUAGUUUCGAGUGGUAUCAAAAAUGUGUUUGCCUCAUUUUAGAGUGACGCAAAGUCAAAAUGGACAACCAUGAUGCUUCCAGACUGAACGCGCUAGCAAUCAAAACGAUUAUCUCGGAUCGUUUUUCCAUCUUUGGUUGACGUUUACCUAUCCUCCACAUGUUCCGAUGAGCAUGUAGUACUGUAUCCGCCAUCAGAUCAAUGUUUUGGAAGCCCUUUUUGCCGUGUUUCCAUGUCGUAAAUCUCCGAAAAUAUCCAAACACAGUGCUGUUGUUGACCUUUGGCAGCAUUCCGCCCACCUCCCUCCACCCCGCUUAAAAAGCUCCUUGAUUUCCACCUCCGUAUAACAAUGGCCUGUCCUGUCCCGUCCCUCCUCCAGGGGCGGAAAAGCCGCUACUGCUGAAAAGUUUUCGAAGACAGAUAUCAGUGAGAACAAUGGUCAAGGAUAAGGCAGGCAUCCAAACUCGAGGGAAUCCAUCGUCAUUACUGUUAAUAAUUACAGUCGGGCGUUUUGACUGCCGCGUAAUUUAUUGAUGGCUGAACAGCCGGCCGUCACACUUGCGAUCCAAAUGCUGGAGGAGGAGGAGAGCCCAGUGGAAAGUUUGGAUUUGUAGCGCUCGAUCAGCAGCAGCAGAUUGUCGGAGGGACCGCAGGCAGCCGCGAUGCAAGCAGGGGCUAGCCAGUAUGUGGUGACGCGCUCCCUGUACUCGGAGGAGUCGUUCGCCGAGGAGCACGAGAAGGUCUACAGGCACCGCAAGACCGCGCUGGAACACGUCAAGCAGUACUUCACGUGUGAUGCCAGACGUGCCAAAAAUGCAGUUUUCUCUCUUCUGCCGAUCAUCGGCUGGAUAAAGAUCUACAGGGUCAAAGAGUGGUUGCUGAGUGAUAUCGUGUCAGGUGUCAGUACUGGACUUGUCGCCGUACUGCAAGGUUUGGCCUACUGUCUCCUGGCUUCGCUUCCGCCCUGGUAUGGCCUCUUCUCCGCUUUCUUCCCCGUUGUCAUCUAUUUUUUCCUCGGAACCUCCAGACACAUCUCAGUGGGUCCCUUCCCGGUGCUGUGUCUGAUGAUCGGGUCGGUUGUCACCAGACUGGUCCCGGAUGAAGGCCCACCUGUUAACAUCACGGGUUUUGAAGGUCUCACCAAGGAUGAACAGAGAGUGCUGGUGGCAUCCUCUGUGACAUUCCUUGUGGGAAUCAUGCAGCUGGCGAUGGGCAUCCUGCAGGUGGGCUUCGUGGUCAUGUACCUAUCAGACACUUUGGUGUCCGGCUUCACCACCGCAGCUGCCGUCCACAUCCUGGUCUCGCAGCUGAAGUUCGUGCUGGGCCUGCAAGUCCCCGGAAUAAGCGGGCCGCUCUCCAUUAUUUACACUUUGGAGAUCAUCUUCAACAAGAUCCAGUGCACCAACGUUUGCGACGUGAUCAUCUCCUUGGUGAUCAUGGCGGUGGUGUUCGUCGUCAAGGAGCUCAAUGACCGAUUCAAAGCCAAGUUGCCCGUUCCCAUCCCCAUCGAGGUUAUCAUGACUGUCAUCGCGUGUGGCGUUUCUUACGCGUUUGACUUCAGGACCAAGUAUGGCAUCGACAUCGUCGGCCAUAUUCCAAAGGGGUAUGAGCCCCCCAUGGCCCCAAACCUGGUCAUCUUUCAAGACACGGCCGUGGAGGCGUUCCCGAUGGCCAUCGUGGGUUUUGCCGUGGCCUUCUCUGUGGCUAAGGUCUAUUCUGUGAAGCACGACUACACCAUUGACGGAAACCAGGAGCUGAUUGCUUUUGGAGUCAGCAACAUUUUCGGUGCGUCCUUCAAGUCUUUUGCAGCCAGUACAGCUCUGUCCAGGAGUGCGGUACAGGAAAGUACCGGGGGGAAAACUCAGAUAGCCGGCUUGCUUUCGGCAAUCAUCGUGAUGAUCGUCACCUUGGCCGUGGGCUUUCUCCUGGACCCCCUCCCGAAGUCCGUUCUGGGGGCGGUGGUCAUCGUUAACCUGAAAGGAAUGCUCAUGCAGUUUCGAGAGAUCCCGUAUCUGUGGAGGCGGGACAAACCGGACUGUGUGGUGUGGUUGGGCACAUGUAUCGCGGCCAUCUUACUGGGGUUGGAUCUUGGUCUGGCCGCGGGUCUCGGUGUGGAGCUACUCAGUGUCGUGCUCAGGGCUCAGUUCCCCCGUUGCAGUGUGCUGGCCAACAUUCAUGGCACCGAUAUCUACAAGGACCGAAAGGACUACGUAAACAUCUAUGAGCCCGAAGGGGUGAAAAUCUUUCGAAUCCCGUCACCAAUCUUCUUCGCCAACAUCGAAUUUUUCAGAAGCAAACUGGUGGAAGCCGUUGGGUUUAAUCCACUGAGGGUGCUCAGGAAGCGAAAUAAGGCACUGCGAUUGAUCCGGAAACUUCUGAAGAAAGGUUAUCUCCAGUGGACAUCAAACGGCUUCCUGAACACAGCGCACGGCCCCAUCAAGGAGUCGGUUGAGCUUGAAAGCAAUGCGGAGGAACUGGUCCUGCCCACCGACUUCAAGGACCUGCCCGCCCGCGUGGACUGGAACGCCGAGCUUCCCGCCAACAUCAUUGUUCCCCGAGUGGACCUGCACAGUCUGGUGCUGGACUUUGCAGCCGUCUCCUUCCUGGACGUGUCCGCUCUCAAGGGUCUUAAAGCGGUCAGUUCAUAUUCCUGGACAAUUUUGUCAUGUGUUCUCACUACGCUGUUGUCUUAUUUUUUGCAGGCUCUCAAAGAAUUUGUCCGCGUUGAAGUGGAUGUCUACAUUGUUGCCUGUGAUCCUUACAUCCUGGACAAAUUGCACCAAUGCAGCUUCUUUGAUGAUGAAGUGCAGCCAUCCAUGUUCUUUCUGACACUGCACGACGCCGUGCUGCACAUCCUGGAUAAACAUCCCAAGUGCUCCCAAAACGACUCCAAAUACAACAAGAUUGAGACAACGGUCACGGUCCACCAUCCUGCGGGAAGUCUCAGGAGCAGAGAUAGGAAUGCACCGGAUCCAGAAACCAGGUUUUAACUUCAACAAGUGAUUGCUUAUUGUGUUUAUUUUAUUGUUUGUUUUGUUUUUUUUAAUCUCC